AUGACCGGUCAUCGUGUAUCUAACUUCAAACACAAUGGUCUGACUUGUUUUAAUGGUGGUGAACAGGAUCAUGUGAGCACCCAUUUCCAGAAAUCGAAGAAGAAUGCUAAUGCUGCCAAGACUAAUGGUAGAGUGUUUGCUUUGAGUGGGACUGAAGAUUCCAAGAAGGACAACUUGAUUCGAGGUAACUGUUUUAUUACCAGUAUCGAAUUGAUUUCUAUUGUUGAUACUGGUGCUACUCAUUCGUUUAUUUUGCUUGAUUGUGCUACUAUAUUGGGAUUGCUAUUGUCUUAUAUGGAUGGUGGUAUGGUAAUAGAUACUCCUGCUAGUGGUUCUGUUACUACUACCUUUGUUUGUAAGGAAUGUCCUUUGACCAUCUUUGAUAAGAGUUUUGUGAUGGACUAG